GGUUACAUCAUGUGUUAUUAAACUUUCAUACAUUAAUUUUCAUUAGAUAAUAAAUAAUUCCAAUAUGGUAUCCGAUUGUUAGUACUUAUAAUAUUUUUUACAUACAUUUUUUUUAAUAUGUAGAUCCUAAUCUAUUUAAAUAGCUAUUCGUAGCUACUGAUAAGGAAAUAUAAUGGGGCAAUCGUCGAGUUAUUCGCGUGAACGACGACGAUCCUUACGUCCAUUAAAAUUGUCUACAAUAUAUCCUAAACAAAAGAAAUCCUUAAGUGCAACAUUUGUGGUGUUUGAUCGUGAAUCAUAUAAUGAUAUGAUUAAUAUAAAUACAGCAAGUGAAGAACAAUUAAUGACUCUUCCGUCCAUAACAAGAGAAAUCGCUCAUAAUAUAAUCGAACAUCGUCGUAUUAUUGGUCGAUUUAAACGUGUUGAUGAUUUAGCGUUGGUAUCUGGUAUUGGUGCUGAAAAAUUAUAUAAAUUACGUAGUGAAAUUUAUGUAAAAGAAAAUGUUCCUAAUGGUGAUGUAUCGAAUAGUUUAACAUCGUUAAGCAGUGAUCAUACACAAGAAUAUGUUGAUUUGAAUACAGCGAGUAUUUUUGAACUUCAAACAAUUGUUGGUGUAUCACAGGAAUUAGCUGCAAAUAUUAUUUAUUAUCGUGAUAAAAAAGGUCCAUUCCAUGCGGUCGAUGAUUUAAAAAAAGUGAAAGGUAUCGAUUCAAUUUUAUUUAGCGUGUUAAAAUCGUAUUUGAUUGUGAGUCCAAUUAACGAUUGUGUUUCAACGAAUAAUAAUAGUAUCGAUAAUCAUGAAUAUUGUGAAUUAAGUGAUAAAUAUUUAAAUCAUAAUUUUUUGCAAAAUAAAAAACAAUUAAAUACAUAUAAAAGCACUGAUUGUACAUUAUCACCACCUUUAAACGAUAUUUUUGAUUUAUUAUCGGCAUAUUCACAUAGACCAGUUGUUGAAAAAUUUAAUUAUAUGCGUGAUAAUAAGAAAGCUUUAAGAGUUGCUACAUGGAAUUUACAAGCAUUGUCUAAUGAUAAAGCACAAAAUCCUGGUUUUUUAGAAGUGUUUUGUCGUACAAUUUUAGAAAAUAGAUUUUCAAUAAUUGCAAUACAAGAUAUUAUACACUGUUCUGCCUUAGAGACAAUAUGCAAUGAAUUAAAUAAUUCAAAAUUACGUCGUGUCAUUGAAUGGCAACAAAAAAAUCAUAAAAGCAAAUACGAUUUUAAAUUUAUAUAUCGUGAUCAAUUAGGUUUCAUUUACAUAUCGCAAAAUGACUGUAUGCGUAUAGAUUUUUUAUCAUAUCAAGAAAUAGAGGUACAAUCAGAAGAUGCAAUGGUGUUAAAUGCACGUAUGUGUGUAGAUGAUGUUUGGUUUUUAAAUUUUGUUAACAUUGAAGUAUAUAACUACUCAGGGAAACUAUUAAAAACUGUUAUUAAUUUAUUGGAAUCUGAUGAUGUUGUCAUAUUAGGCGAUUUCACUAGCUGCGUUAAAUUCGAAGAUACAUUAAAUUAUACAUCUGCCCUUCCACUUGACACGAAAACAAAUAGUACGAAGACUGGAAGCAAUUCAACAUUCCUAGAUAAUAUAUUUUUAAGUCGUGAUGUUAGUCAAUCGUUUACAGGUUUUAAAGGACUUGUUACCGAAGGCCUAUCACAUUUAGCGAUACCUCAAGGUUGGACUUGGGGUGGUGUUGCAAGUGAACAUUGCCCUGUGUGGUGUGAAUUAUAUGUCAAAACCGUUGCUAAACAAUUAAAUCAUAUAAUUACGCAAGUAUGAUGACUUCUGUUCCUACUAGUGUAGGAAUGUUAGAUUUAUUUACAGAUGUCUGUACCACGGAGGUUAGUAGAAUAAUGGUAAACUCAAUCCAUAAUUUCUGACAACAAGGUUAAAUUAUUGUGUGCUAUAUAAUUUUUGUUUAAUAGUGGAUUACGUAUGUUUAAAUACGUUUUAAGUUUGCUCCGAUUUGAGAUUAAAUUUAAAAUGGUGGUAGUAUUGAGUCCUGUACUGAAGCGUUAAUUUUCGAUAAUAUUUCCAAUUGUAACUAAUAAGUUUAUAAAUGUUAAUACAUUAAAAGUAUAAAUUUAUAAUUACAGCGUGCUAAAAUGUCAUUGUCUUUUACAAUAAUCAUUUCUUAAAUCAAUCAGUAAUAUAUUGUUGUCUUGGCUAUCACUUUUUUUGCUUUAUCUAUCUUCGUUCCGCUCACUUAUACGUUGUAAGCUUUCUAAGCUCAUUUUAUUAAUAUAAUGUUAUCUUGAUCCAGUGAAGGAAUCGUUUUGACCUUUUGAGAUUGAUUUCAUAUUGGCUAAUCUGCAUCAUUAUAUCAUCCGGAUACGUUCCAAAACUUUCUAGAACAUUCUGGCAUGUUCGUACAUCUUUUUAUCAACGGUACUUUUUCCGUAAUCGUAGAGAAUUUAUUUUUAUUAAAAAACUAAUGUGUUAAGAAAAGAUUUUUAGCCCCCACGCACAGAUAUUGAUUCUAAAUUCUCUAAUUAUCAACGGGAAACCAAAUGCUGCCUAUCACUAUAACCGAGAAUUGGGGCAAUGAUAGUUGUUAACCAUUACUACAUGCUCCACGUGUAAAUAAAAUGAGCGAAUAUAUUCAUUGAAUUUUCGCUGUUUCCAUCAAUUUAUUACAAAUAUAUUUCCUAUUCUCACCCACGCAAAUUCCCAGCACAUACGGAUAAAUACCUGUCUCUUUAUUGGGUAUAUUUUUUAAAUAAAAAAAUGCAUUGUCUCCAAAAAAACCUAAGCACUUUCAUU